CACUUUAUCUUCACGGCAUAACCAGACCCAAAAAAAAAACAUUUCAAAACAAAACUGAGAGAGAGUAUCCAUAUUUGGAGGAAAAAGAAAAGAAUGCAGCAGCCCUAUAUGUACCGUUACCCACAAGGCACUGGCCCUUCGGCUCCUCCGCCGCCUCCAAAAGCCAGUGUGAUAGUAGAUCCAAAGUACUGCUCUCCGCAGCCUGUAGAUUUGGCGAUCGUACGGAAGGUGUUGAAGAUAACGGACGGUAACUUCGUGAUAACGAAUGCGGACGGAAACUUGUUGUUCAAGGUGAAGGAUCCUUUGUUUAGUCUUCACGAGAAGAGGAUCUUGUUGGAUGGUUUUGGAACUAAGGUCUUGACUUUGAAAGGGAAGAUAAUGACCAUGCAUGACAGGUGGCUAGUGUUUAGAGGAGGGAGUACGGAGGAGGGUGAUCUGCUAUACACGGUGAAAAGAUCAAACAUGGUUCAGAUAACGACCAAACUUGAUGUGUUUUUGGCUGACAACAUAGAGGAGAAGAAAUGUGAUUACAGACUCGAAGGGGUUUGGCUCGAGAGUUCUUGUUUUGUCUACGCCGGCGAUUCUGACAUCAUUCUUGCCCAAAUGCGCGAGAAGAAAACGAUGCAGAGCGUUUUCUUCGGAAAGGACAAUUUCUGCCUUACUGUUAAUCCAAAUGUUGAUUAUGCCUUCAUUGCCUCUCUCAUUGUAAUCCUUGUAGAAAUACAAAUAAGUCUUAGAAAAUUAACAAAACAAGUCUUGCUUUUAAAUUAAGAUGUUGUAUUAUAGUUAGUAGGCUACAUAUUGUAUGUUGCGCCUUGUCGACUCAUAACUUACUUGGUCGGCAAGUCUUGUCUAUGGCUUUGGAGUUAAGUCUUGUGUUGUGUAUAUUUAACGUAUUGAAUUGAACCUUGCCCAAUGGCUUUGUUAAUACAUCUGCCAACUGAGCCGUUGUUGGCACAUGAAAGUAA